AUGGUGGAUUGGCACUCCGUGGACGAGCAGGUCAAGGACGCAUCGAUCAGCGCCUACCUCGCGCACGCGCUGUUCGGGCUGUACCUCUGGGAGUUUGCGACCUCGCUGGGGUUCGAGUGGGAGGUGCUCACGCGGCGGCGGCGGUUCCGGUGGUGGAUGAUCUUCUACUUUGCCGGCCGAUACUGCCUCCUCGGCUCCCUCAUCGCCUACAUCGUCUCUCUCAACGUCGAGAGCGGCGCGUUGAACUGCGAGGCGGUCUGGAUAUGCGUGCAGUUCCUCGGCGCGGCCGCCUCUGGGUUCUCGAGCAUCAACCUCUCCCUGCGCACGAUCGCGAUCUGGGACCAGAACCGCUACGUCGUCUCGCUCAUCGUGCUCAUCAUCCUCGGCCACUGGGCUCUCAUCGCGCAGACGGCGAUACUGACGACGACGGUCAUCCCCGAAUUCGGCUGCGUCGUGGCCACGCUCAACCUCCGCCUCCUCGUCGCCACCUUCUUCUACUCCAUCUUCUUCGACCUCGUCGUGCUGCUCCUCAGGUUAACCGCCGGUCGUGCCAUCUGGACCUCGCGUCACGCGUGUCUCAUGCGUUUCUCUAUUGACAGCGCGUGGAAGCUGCGGUACUCGUUCGGCGGCGGGAGCGGCAAGCGCAACGCGCCGAUCGUCACGCUGCUGUUCAAAGACGGCCUGAUCUAUUUCCUCGUCGCGUACGUUUGCCCCUUUCGCCGCGCCCAUUUUUGUUGCCCUCGGGGAGACUCAUCUCGUGCGGGUUUUGGUUUCGGUCGGGCGCGCGGCAGCAUCGUCGUCAACCUCCUCGCCGGCGUAUUCAUGAUCCUCAACCUGAACGGCGUCAUGAGCACCGUUGAGUCGUUCCCCCCCACCCCCUCCUCGUCGCGUCGCGUCUUAACCGUCACACCAUGCCUGCCCCGCCAGAUAUUCGAAACCCCGGCGUUAGUGUUCAGCACCAUCGCGGCCUCGCGCGUCGUCCGUCGGUUGCACCGGUAUCAAACGCCGCUCAUGGAUCUCUCCACGAUACGACCGUCCACGCGCUCGCUGCCGCUGCCGUAUCACCGGUACAGCCGAGGCGGGCCGCAACUACGGGACCACCCCCACCCCCACCGCCAGAGCCACAAGCUCGAGGUUCCGUUCCACUCGAUCGAGUUCAGCGACCCCUUGGACGACCGCUCGCGCUCGCACUCGCGUUCGCCGGGGCCGGAGCCGUCGUCGUCGUCGUCGUCGAAUUACCAGAAGUAUCCGGACGUGAGCGCGGACAUCGAGAUGGGCGAUACGCGUCACGAUCGGACUUGA